AUGGCUGACGUGUUGAGGAGCUUGAAGCUGCUGGAGACUCUGAAGGAGCUGAUGGAGAAGAACAGGCUGUCGGAGGUGAAGGAUGCCGUGGAGGACCUGCUGAUCAGCAGGGUCAACCUGGCCGUGGUGGGAGAGAGAGGGCCGGAGAAAGCCGCCUUCAUCAACGCCCUGCGCGGGCUGGGGCCUGAGGAUUCGGGCGCGGCUCAGUGCCCCUCCUCCACCCCCCCAGAUGAGCCGGCAGUGUACCCCAACCCCAAGCACACAGAUUUCCGCUUAUGGGAUCUGCCAGGGGUCCCCAGCGCAUCGCCAUUCAACCCUGAGGAGUACAUGGAACGCUUUAAAUUCCUGCGCUACAACGCCGUCAUCAUGACCUUCUCCCAGAGCCUGCACCCCAACAGUGUCACCGUGUGGAAGGAGGCCCGAGCGGCCCAGAGAGAGACGGUGUAUUUUGCCCUGCUGGCGUCACAGGGGGACUCGGACAAGGCUCUUGAGGCCCGGAAGAAGUCCAGCUUGGAGGUGCUGAAGGCUGAGGGCGUGCCCAUACCAAAAGUCUUCAUGGUGCGGCCCUCUACCCUGGAGAAGCUGGACUUCCCAGCUCUCCUGGAGGAGAUGGAGCGAGACCUCCCAGAGAUCAAAUCUAACGCCCUUCUCCUUGCGCUGCCCCCCCUCACCGUUGCCGUGGUGAACAGGAAGAAGGACACCUUCAAGGCGAUGGUGUGGGCUGCGGCGUCCCUCUCUGGGGGGGUGUCUGCCAUCCCUGUGCCCCUGGUAUCCUCCAUGGUGGACGCCAGCCUGGCCGUGCGGAUCCUGUGCAAGGCCCGCGACUCGCUGAGUCUGGACGACGAGUCGGUGGAGAGGCUGGCGAGGCAGCGGGGGCGGGGGGCGGCCGAGCUAAAGGAGCUGCGCAGCUGCACCCUCUCGCUGGAGGUCACCAAGGGCGAGGUGAAGAAGCGGCUGGCCGAGGCCGACAAGGAGAAGCCCCGGGGCGCGCGCAUAGUGGAGAUGGCUCUGCCCAUGAACGCCAAAUCCGCCAGCCGCUCCUUCACCGCUAUGCUGCAGGCGCUCAACGGCGCCAUCGACGAGAUGAGCGCAGACGCCGAGAAGGUGGUGACGGCAGCCAUCGGCAAGUCAAAGUGAGAGAGUGUGGAGGAUGGAGAAUUCCACCAGCCCAGCGUUCCACCAGCGGAAUCUUCCACCAGCCUACUG